GUGAUUGAGCGCUUUCUUCGAAGCACAGUAACCUUGACGUGUGUUGUUUCUUUUCCUACUUUCCUACCGGUUACCACCAUUUUAUUUAUCUCUCAAGUGACUGCAUAAGGUCCUUCAAACAGUUACUCGCGAUUAAGUGGCAACAGACAAACAUUUAGAAUUUAUUGAUGCUUUGUAGGUAAAUGAAACAACGACGAAACUUAUAUAUAUUUUAAUAUAUUUUAAAACCCACAGGUGUUCACAGAUUUUAUCCAAAUAAAUUUCGCUUCAUAACUGCUCUGGAUUACAAGAAAAACAAAAAUGCAACUUCGUGAUAUUUCUAUAUGCUCUGAAAUUAGGAGGAUUGUUUAUGGAUUUAUGACUGUUAUUCUCGCAGUGGUGUGUGAUAUUUUGAAGAACAAACAAAAAAGUCACGGAUGCAUAAGUAAACAACGUGCAUUAGAUGAACUACGUGCGAUUCGUGAGAGUGGUCUUCGAGAAAACGAGAAAGUGAUUGAUUUAUGGAAGUUAUCCCUUUGUGAUCAUAUAGACAAGCUGGGCUAUGAGAAGUACUCGAUUUUGGAACAGGUGUUCAUCGCCGCUCUAGAUAUGGGAGAUGAUGAUUUAGCUUGCGAAUGUCUUGAUCGUCUUUUGGCAAAAUUUCGUAAUAGUUGUCGUGUUAAUCGUCUUUUUGGUAUGUACUUAGAAAGUAAAGGAAACUUCGAAGAUGCUCAGAAUGUGUACUCAAAACUCAUAAAAGAUGAUCCAACCAAUACAUUGGCCCGUAAACGAAUGAUUACAAUUUUAAUAGCUCAACAGAAAAUACCCGAAGCAAUUAAUGAAUUAAGAGAAUAUUUAAAAAUUUUUAUGAGCGAUUUUGAAGCGUGGAAUGAAUUAGCUGACCUUUAUCUAUCAGAAUGUGAUUAUAAACACGCUGCGUUUUGUAUGGAAGAAAUGAUAUUGUCUAAUCCUUCUAAUCAUCUCUAUUAUCAACGUUAUGCUGAGAUUAAAUACACUGAAGGUGGAACAGAAAAUUUAGAAUUAGCCAGAGCUUAUUAUAGUCAAGCUUGUCUAUUGUGCCCUAAUAACCUUCGUAGUUUAUACGGUCUUCUACUUACAUGCUCCGCUUUAGAUAAUCAUCUAUCAAAAUCAAUUAAGAUACUUCCGUUAACAACAGAGAAUAAACUACACAAUGGACCAUCUGUCGGAAAUACUUACUCAAGUAUUGUUAAUGAUAAUCUUGGUGUCAAUGCCAAUCAUCAUAGUAACCAGAGUAGUCGAUUAAAUAUAAAUCAAGUGUCACCUAAACAACAACAUAUCAGUAGUUUGAGCACUGUAUCACCGCCUCAAGCAUCAUCACUGUCUAGUACAGAUAAAAAUCGACAGUUAGCUAAAUGGGCAGCUGAACAAAUUCGUUUAAUCUAUAUGUCUGCCGGUACGACUCCUGGUUUGUCAUCGUCUUCCACAACUUGUAUCAAAUCCACUAAAUGUCACAAGCAACAGUCUACCAAAAAGCAUCCUGGACAUAUUAGUAAUAAUAAAGAUAAUCAUACCGCUAUUACUGGUAGUAGUAGUAAUAAUAAUAGUUGUUUUAGUAAUACUGACAAUCCGAACAGUGUUACAAGUUUUAAGGAUGCUGUCAUUGUCUACGAUACUGUUAAUCCUGUUGAUAUGCGUGUACAUAAUCUUGAAGAAAAUGAUCAUAGUGAUGUUGAAGAUGAUCAUUGUCAUCAAAUCGUUUGUGAUAAAAAAACCAAAUAAGCAUAUUAGCAAAUAGUUAUUCAUUUGAUAUGACAACGAUCUCUCUCGCUCUCUUACUACUAUUAUGUAAUACAUUAAUUACUAUUCAUAAAAAAGUUAACUGGAAGCAAAUCCUUCAACAACUUCCUUAUUUGUGUCAAUUCCUGUGAAACAGCAAGAAAUCUAAAAUAAUUGUUACCUUUUGUUCUCCAUGUAUUUGUAAUGAUUUAUGUUUUUUAUCUACCCUCCCCCUCCGUCUCUCUGUCACUACUUGCUUAUCCUUUUUCAUUUGCAUUACUCGUUGUAAUAUUUAAGAAGAAGAAGAAGAAAAACAAUACAUACAAACAUUCCAUCUCAUAAGCUUGGAAUUGAGUAAAUAGUUAGGUUCUCUUCUUAUUCAAAUUCUUUUCCAAACUUCUGGCCUUCACCUUUUUUGUCAUCGAUUUGUGCUACUUUCUUUUUCCCCGUUACUAUAGUAAUUCUUAGACUGUGCUUAAUAUUUUUACUUUGUAAAGUAUGUUCAACUUUAAAAAGAAUACAAAAUGAAUUGUUUCUC